AUGCCCUAUAUACCACACAAGUCCCAAAACGCCGGAGGCCACGAGAGCCAGUAUGACAGCGACUCUAUCAAGCAGCGUCAGAACUCCGAGAAGGCAAGGCAAAAUGGUACUCACCCCGACCUACAGCAAGAGCAAGAUAAAGACAAAUCUGCAACGGCCGACAUACAUGAAAAGCGCGAAGGUCUAGGGGAUACCAGCAGGCCAUACCCUGAAGAUAGCAUGACUAGCGGAACUUUGGAAGCCCGUAAGGGAGGGAUUGUCAAUGGUGUUGAGCAGCGAUGAACGCAGGAAAGUUGAUAUGGUUGAAGUGUACUAUAUUGAUGAUCAGUUUGUGCCCGGGAUUUAAGCAAGGAGGGGUUCGUUCUGUUG